CUGCAAAUGGAUCUGAAUACCUCUGUGUGUCUCCUGUCUACCGUUUAUUCAAGCCUGGAUGCAAGACCACUUCGUCAACCACUAGUCAGUUCUUUUCAAGAGCUUCUUGUAAGAAUUCCAUGUCAUAACCCGGAGUGAGAGACCGCGUUCCAAACAGGAAGUGACAGAAGGAUCUCCUCUGGAGCUCUCGUCCCACCAGCCGUCUAGGGGUGGGACCGCGUGAGAAGAGUCGAGACGAUUGGUUGCAGUAGAACCCUUCAUCCUGGCUGGGCCAAUGGAGGAGGAGGAGGGGCAGGGGAGUCUGGAGUGUAUCCAGGCCAAUCAGAUCUUCCCCAGGAAGCCCCCAGUCCUGGAACAAGAUGACCUGCAGGUGCCCUAUGCGGAGUUGGAUGGGGAGAGUACGCGGUACGUUGGCCUGGCUGAAGACGCCGUCAUCGCCAUGUCCAACUACAGACUGCACAUCAAGUACAGAGAGUCUAUUGUCAACGUUCCUCUGCAGCUGAUAGAGAGUGUGGAGUGUAGAGACAUGUUCCAACUGCACAUCACCUGCAAGGACUGCAAAGUAGUGAGGUGCCAGUUCUCAUCUCUUGAGCAGUGUCAGGAGUGGUCUAAGCGGCUGGUGGUGUGUGUUCGCCCCCCCGCUCGGCUAGAGGAGCUGUUUGCCUUCGCAUACCACGCCUGGUGUAUAGACGUCUACACUGGAGAGAGGGAACACCAUGCACAGCUAUGCAGACCAGGGGAUCACGUGACCAGCCGUUUCCAGAAUGAGGUGGAGCGCAUGGCCUUCGACACGCAGAACGCAUGGAGGGUGUCACACAUCAACAACAAGCACAAGUUGUGUGCCAGCUACCCAGAGCAGCUGCUGGUUCCUGCCUGGAUCACAGACAAGGAGCUGGAGAAGGUGGCGGCCUUCAGGUCCUGGAAGAGGAUACCUGCCGUCGUAUACAGGCACCAGAGUACGGGUGCGGUGAUCGCUCGGUGUGGGCAGCCAGAGGUGAGCUGGUGGGGAUGGAGGAACGCGGACGAUGAGCACCUGGUCCAGUCUAUAGCCAAGGCCUGCGCAGUGGACACACACACUCACACACAGUCUCACACACACUCUCACACAGACAAGCCCAUCGCAACCACCAGCAGCAGUCCCAACUCCCCAGACCUUCCCAAUGGAGCAGACCUCAACGACACAGAUUUUGAGUCGUCUCUGUCUCACAGUGCGGAGGUGGAGACUUUGGCUAUUCAGCCCCAGAAGCUGCUGAUCCUUGAUGCCCGCUCAUAUGCAGCAGCUGUAGCUAACAGAGCUAAAGGGGGAGGCUGCGAAUGCCCAGAGUACUAUCCUAACUGUGAGGUGGUGUUCAUGGGGAUGGCUAAUAUCCACUCCAUCCGCAAGAGCUUCCAGGCACUACGCCUUCUCUGCACACAGAUGCCUGACCCAGCCAAUUGGUUGUCUGCUCUGGAGAGUACUAAGUGGUUGCAGCACUUGUCUCUGCUGCUGAAGGCUGCUGUGUUGGUGGUGAAUGCGGUGGAUCGAGACCAGAGGCCCGCUCUGGUGCACUGCUCAGACGGCUGGGACCGCACGCCACAGAUAGCCGCCCUCGCCAAACUCAUGCUGGACCCCUACUACCGCACUGUGGAGGGUUUCCAGGUGCUGGUGGAGACUGAGUGGCUGGACUUUGGCCACAAGUUUGCGGACCGCUGUGGCCACGGGGAGAACGCAGAGGACCUGAACGAGAGAUGCCCCGUAUACCUGCAGUGGUUAGACGCAGUACACCAACUACACAAGCAGUUCCCCUGCUCAUUCGAAUUCAACGAGGCCUUCCUGGUGAAGCUGGUGCAGCACACCUACUCGUGUCUGUACGGGACGUUCCUGUGUAACAGCGGGCGCGAGCGAGAGGAGAGACACACUCAGGAGAGGACCUGUUCCGUCUGGACCCUGCUGAGACCAGCCAAUAGAGCCUUCCGGAACAUGCUCUACUCCUCACACUCUGAUGCUGUGCUCCGCCCGGUGUGUCAUGUGCGUAACCUGAUGUUGUGGACGGCCGUCUACCUGCCCUGCUCCCUCCCCACCACACCCCCAGACGACUCCUGCGCCCCCUACCCUGAGGACCAGCCCCUUGGCAGGCGUGCUAAGACGCGUUCGUUUGACAACCUGCCUGCGGUGUGUGAGGUGUUCCCCAGCCGUCGUUCCAGUGACCCCAGCCUGAACGACAAGUGGCAGCAGGACCACCCCCACCCCCACCAACACCCCCACCCUCAUCGUGACCCACACCCCCAUCCCCACCCCCAUCGUCGCUCCCUGGAGAUCACCCGCCCACCCGGCCUCGCACCCGAUCACCACCAGGACCAAGAUUCCGAAGAGGGUUCUGGUUCCGAGAGUUCUGAAGGACUCACUGGACCCGGAGUUCUGACCCGGCCCGGAGGUGGAGGUGGUGGAGGUGGUGUUGGUGGGGGGCUGAGAACGGGUCCUGUACGUGAGGGGGCAGAACCGAAGAAAAGAGAGCUGGAGGAUGGAGUGAACAAGGAGGAGGAAGAAGAGGAGGAGGAAGAGGGAGAAGAGGUCACGACACUACAGAAUGUCACCAGGGAUGCGAUGGCACUCCAAAAUGUCACAGACCAAGUCAACGUCACCGCUCGCAGUGCCAGGACCGACACGCCUGCCAAUGCCACCACCACCACCGCUGCUGCCUGUCUUAACGGAGCCACACACCCCACCAGCGCUACUGUCACUACUGUAGGGGACAAGGAUCGGGACACAGUCUGCAAUGACACUGACGCCACAGCAACACACACUAACGAUGCAGCCAAACCGAACGGGGUGUGCACAACACACACGGUCAACGGCUCCCUCUCUCGCCCUGCUGCACCCACUUCCACUCCUCACCACACGGUGGAGCCAGAGAGCCAGGAGCCGAGGGAGUGUGAAGCUCCCUCUGCCCUCAGGACUAUGAGCAGCGGUGGCGUCUCUGCGGUGGAGGGGGCCGAGGCUACCCCCACUACCACACCAGCACCAACCCCCCCACCUCAACAACCCCCCACCCCCCUGGACAAACGCCUCUCGCUGUUGGAGAGCUCCACAGAAACUCUGACGGAGGAGGGGAGUGGGGGAGGGGUUACCAUGGAUACGGUGCCUCGGCCCACCUCCCUGGACCCUCCCUCUCUGCCCCCCACCCCCCCACACACACACACAAUCACCGACAUGCUGGAAUCCGCCAGUAGCACACACGUGCACACACAGACGCACACACACCCCUCCCAGAGUGCCUUGGCCAGCGGGCCGCUGGGCGGUCCUAACCCCCUGACCAAUGGGGAGGCUUGGAAGGCGGAGCUAGACGAUGCUGACCACACCCCUUCUCCUCUCAGCCGUCAGCUGUCUGCGGCCAGCUCCCAGACUCUCACACACACACAGACACACACACUGCAGCACAGCCCCACCAACACACACACACACACCCAAACACAAGCACAGAUACACACACAGACACACACACACCUCCCACAGCAUCGCUGCUGUCCGCACGGGCCCCUGGCGCUCGGGUACCGGCCCUCGGCAACCAUCACCACGGCGACCAGCGUAACCAUGGCAGCAGCGGCGGCGGAACAUCGCAGUCACCUGGAUGAGGACGGGCUGCCGCUACACACAGACGCCGUGCAGGUGCGUAUGCGCCAGAUGGAGGCUCAGCACCAGUUGGAAGUGGACGCUCUGAAGCAGCAACUACAGCAGCUGUGGAGCCGGCUACACCAGCAGCAGACAGCAGGGGGCGCCACCAAGAUCAACGGAGACAUGGGGGACGACCUGACGUCCAUGUCAGACUCGGACCUCAACAUGGAUGCCAACUGCCUGUCACGCUGCAGCACCGAGCUCUUCUCUGAGGCCAGCUGGGAACAGGUGGACAAGCAGGACACCGAGGUGACAAGGUGGUAUCCCGACCACCUGGCUGCCCACUGCUACGGCUGCCAGAGCAAGUUCUGGUUGGCCACAAGGAAACACCACUGCAGGAACUGUGGUAAUGUCUUCUGUGGCAGUUGUUGUGACCAGAAGAUCCCGGUGCCCAGUCAGCAGCUGUUUGAGCCCAGCAGAGUCUGCAGGAGCUGUUACACCAGCCUACAGGCAGCCGCCACCGCAGCCAACAACACACACACACCCGACACACACACACCCAACACACACACCUCACAGCACCCCUAAUGUGUUAUACCAGCCUACAGGCAGCGGCCACCGCAGCCAACAACACACACACACCCGACACACACACACCCGACACACACACCUCACAGCACCCCUAAUGUGCUACACCAGCCUGC